GGGAAGGGAAGAGGCGGGGGAAAGAGGGCUCUAUUGUCUGCUGAAGUAAACCUUUUUCUUCCUUGAGAGUGCUCGUUCUUCUUCCUCUGGUUGGAUAGUUAACGGGGCUGCUAGGGGCCCCCUGAGCAACUAUAUGACGAAGCCUUAGUUUUCUGUUGGAGCUUUUUUUUCCUACCACAAUUUCAGAAUGGCAGAAGAACCUGCUGCACCUUCCACUUCUGCUGACAAAAUUGAGAGUAUGGAUGUGGAUGGAGAAGCAAAGAAGCUACUUGGACUGGGGCAGAAAAAUCUAGUAAUGGGGGAUAUUCCAGCUGCUGUUAAUGCAUUCCAGGAGGCUGCUAGCUUGUUGGGUGAGAAAUAUGGUGAAACAGCAGAUGAGUGUGCAGAAGCUUUCUUUUUCUAUGGCAAAUCUCUUCUUGAGUUGGCAAGAAUGGAAAAUGGGGUUCUAGGGAAUGCUUUGGAAGGUGUGCAGGUGGAAGAAGAGGAAGAAAAAGAAGAGAGGACAGAAAACUCAAUGGUGGAAAGUGCUGAUAAUAUAGAUGAAGAAGAAAGGGAGGAAUUAAGAGAGCAGGUAUAUAAUGCCAUGGGGGAAAAAGAUGAAUCUAGAAGAACUGCUGAAGAGUCUACAGUACAGACUGAAGUAGAGAUGCAAUUGAAAAACAAGGAUGCAGAAAUGGAACAAGUUAAGGAGGAAAAAAAGGAAGUUACAAGCAUAGAGGACCUAACUCUUAGAGAGAAGGAGGAAGAGGCAAUUGUACAGAAAAAAGAUGGACACAGUGAAGUAUCUUCUGGUGGUCUACUGGAAGAUGAUGCUGGACAAGAGGAAAAGUAUAUGGUUGCUGAAAGGGCUGCUGGAGAAGAGAAGCCAGUGGUGGCAGACAAGGUUGCUGAAGAUAUUACCGUAAAGAAGGCAGUGGUUGAAGAUGAGGCAGCUGUAGAACCAAACAUAGUAUCAGAAGAGAUUAAAGAAGCUGGGGAAGACAUUUUGGAACAUGGUAUACCUGCAGAAAAGGAAGAGAAGUUAGUUCUAGAGAAGACAGAAGAAGAGGCAGGAAAGCUGGUAGUUUCAGCUGCUGAAAAGCAGGGAGACAAUAUAGAAAAAAAUUUGGUAAUAGAAAAAUUGGUAAAACCAUCAAGUGAGGAAGUAAGCAAAACAGAAUUGGUAACAGCUGUUGAAAAAAUGGAACACAAGGUAGAAAAAAAAGAACAGAAAGAGAAAGCAAGUGAUGAUAAUGCAGAGAAACUAGAUACUGUGGAACAAGUUAUGAACUUGAAAGAAAAAGAAUUGAAAGAGCCAUCAGCCUCAGAAGAUGCAUCAUCUUCAACUCCAAAUGAAACUAUUCCUGCUGGAUCUAUUGAACAAUCACACGAAGCACAAACUGAAGAAAAAGCUGAAGUUGCUGCUAAGGUAGAAAAGGAGGAAGAAAAGGAUGAAGAGAUGGGAGAGGGAGAAGAGACAGAAGGGUCAGAAGAGGAAGACAAAGCUGAGGAUGACAAAGAAAAUGAAAGUACAGUAGAAGAGAAGGAAAGUGAAGAAGAUGAAGUUGGAAACUUAGAAUUGGCCUGGGAUAUGUUUGAAUUGGCAAAAGUAAUAUAUAAAAGACAGGACACUAAAGAAGCUCAGCUCCAUGCUGCUCAAGCUCAUCUAAAACUUGGAGAAGUUAGCAUCGAAUCUGAAAAUUACCUUCAAGCUAUAGAAGAGUUCCACUCCUGCUUGGCUCUUCAGCAGAAGUAUUUGGAGGCCCAUGACCGCUUGCUUGCAGAAACUCACUACCAUCUGGGGUUGGCCUAUCACUAUAAUAACCAGUAUGAUGAAGCAGUGCAACAGUUCAGUAAAUCAGUAGAAGUCAUUGACAAAAGACUGGUUAUGUUGGCUGAGCGGCUAAAAGCAAAAGGGGAGGGAUCCAUUGAUGAUGAGAAGGAAAUUGAGGAACUCGAGGAACUGCUUCCUGAAAUUAAAGAGAAGAUAGAGGAUUCAAAGGAGUCUCAAAAAAGUGCAAGAGUCGCUGAACUGGCUCUGAAAGCAACACUGGUUGGUGGCUCAUCUUCUAGCUUUUCACAAGGGACUGACAGUGGAUUGGCUUCAGCUAUUCCAGUCAGACAAGCAGCUGAUGGAGCAUCUCCAUGUAUUACUGACAUCUCCCACCUUGUUAGAAAAAAGAGGAAACCAGAGGAAGAAACUCAACAGGGAGACAAUGAAGCUAAGAAAUCUAAACCAGAGCCGGCUGUCAAUGGUGGUGGUGAUGCUGCCCCCAGUGGAAAUGAGGUUGCAGAGAAAAUGGAAGAGGAGACAGAGGAAAGGCCACACAUUGGAACUGUUCAGAGUGCUGUAUGAUAGUUCUUUAAUACUGGACACUCCUUCCAAGGACAGUGGGUUUUGUAUAUAAUGUAUUUUUUCACUUUUGGCAACUUUUUUAUUCAAUAAAGAUUGUACCAAACAUUAA